GGUAACAAACAAUGGUGCGCUCUAUUUCAAAUAAGAAAGCAUGGAGACGGAAGAGAGAGGAGCGCUGCAAGAAGGGGAAGGAGAUUUGGUCAGAGAAAAUGGCGAUGGAAGCGAGGAUCCAGAUACGGGGGAAGACACAGUUAGCACAAGUGACGAGAAAGGAGAAGAAAACGUUGCUAGAGACGAAGAGAAAGUUGGAACGUCAGUGGUAGACACCGCAGCACCCACUGACGCAGUCAAUUCUGACCAUGACCCAACCGUGCACCAUCCUCUGUCUCUCUCCUGGUGCUUCAGCUUCAAUCAUUCCCUCCCUGUCCACAAUAUCUCCACCGACAGCAGAAGAAUGGUGUUCUAUGUUGCUGGUCACACUGGAGUCCUGUUUGACUGUGAGAACAACCGACAGUGCCUCCUCCAAGGACACGGCAACCCGAUCACUUGUGUGGGAGUCAGUGGUGACAAGAGAUGGCUGGUGACUGGAGAUCAAGGCCACCACCCACUGCUUAUCGUCUGGGACUCAUUCUCAGGUGUCCCUGUUCGUACAUUCUUUGAUGGUCUCGGGUCUGGGUGUGUGGCAGUAGCUCUGUCCCAUGACGCCCUCCACCUCGGCUUUCUCUCCUCGCAGUCCCCACAGGUAAUGUCCAUGUGGAGAUGGACUGAGCAGUCAGAGCAACCAAUGUGCUCCGUCCAAUUAACAGACCACACCCACCAAUCUCACCUGACCUUUCACCCCUCUGACCAUUCUCAGCUGAUCUCCACAGGAGAAUUCCAGGUCACCUUCUUCCUCUGGGAUGGACAGAAGCUCCACAUAGUUCAAACCAGAUCACUGAGAAGGAUUUCAACAAGCCUGUGGGAGUGUUCUCCCAGUCAGUGUUUGUCCCAGAGAGCGAGGGACUCGCCCUCACUGCUACCAGCCUUGGACUGGGCGUGGUCUGGGCUCCUCUAAAGAAUGGGAGACAAGAAACAAAGCCAUUGAAACUGAUGAGACUACACGAUCACCCAGUCACCACCAUCACCACCACACACAGUCUGGUGGUGACAGGCGACAGUCGAGGUCUGGUAAAGUUCUUUUCCUCCGACCUGAAACUCCUCCACUGGUAUGAAGGGAGGCUGGACUGCGGCCCCCUCGUCUCCAUCUCGUUUGCCCACCACAUACCCUCCCAGAAGAAUUCUCCUGAUGGCCGAGGGAGUGUGGGAGAGCACUAUCCAGCCCAAUCCACACUGGAGGCUUCUCCACUGGUGGUCCCCGACUUUACCCUCUCCUCCUCCUGCUCCUCCUCCUCCUCUUCCUCCUCCUCCUCCUCCUCCUCUUCCCUCGUCCACGUCACAGUCAAUGGAACCAUCACUGAAGUGGUGUUCAGAGGGCAUGGCUCGGCGAUCCAGUGUCUUGCAGCCCACCCCAGUCUCCCCCGGCUGGCCACGGCCGGCUACUCCACACUCCUCCAGCUCUGGGACUACCACAACAAGGAGGUGCUAGUGAGUCGAGAGUUUGAGGAACCCAACUACAUAGAGUGUGCGUCAUUUGACCCUCGUGGAGAGUUUAUAGGUGUGGGGUUCACCAGUGGAGUUGUACUGGUGGUUGAAGCUCUGGAGUUGAAGGACUCUUCUCCUGUGUUUCGUUACUCCCGGGAUGCCGUCUCCCAUCUCUCUUUCUCCCAUGACUCUCUCUACAUGGCCACUGCUGACCGAGACCACUGUGUGACUGUGUACACCAAACAACUGGUGGUGGGAGGGAGUGGGGACCCGGGGGAGGGUGGGGAGGGUGAGGAGGAGGAGGAGGAGGAAACAGUGACGUGGGAAUUCUUGGCAAAGUAUCGCUCCCACUACCAGCCUAUUGAGAGUCUCCUGUUUGGAGUGAGUCUGGAUUCAGAACUACCAAGACUCCUCUCCCUAGGCCAGGACAGAAUGCUGGUUGAGUAUGACCUGGAGCGAUCAACUCCAGACAACCUGCGUCUCCUGAGCACCGACCGUAUUGAGCAGAGUGCGGUCCCGUUGUCCCUCACCUGGUACCCUCCGGUCUCCAAGGAGUCCUUCCUCCUCCUCUCCAACGACCGUUUCAAACUGAGACUACUCAACUCCACCACCAAGAUGUGCCGCAAGAUGCUCCUCGGUCCAACCUUCGGCUCCCCGCUCAGAAAGCUGGAGGUCUUGUCAUCACCGGUGAAAUAUUCAGAGUCCGGACAGCAGCAGAUUCAAAGAUACGCAGCGUUCCAUACUUACGACAGGGUGGGACUGCUUCUCCUGCCUCAUGACGGAAAUCCUCACAACUCUCAGAGUCUCCUUGCCCACCCUACUGGGGUGACAGCAAUGGCGGUAUCGUAUGAUGGGAGAUAUGUGUUCACUGCUGGAGGGACCGACUGCACUGUUAACAUGUGGACCACCGACACACAGGCCCUGGAGGCAGCGUCUCACCUUGGAGGAGAGGAUCUGGAGCCAUUCUACGCCCUCCUGGAGGGAGGACGGUACGGAGAGUUCUACUCUGAGAUGGAGCAGUUCUUCUACUACGCCCAGAUCAAGAGCCAGGGGGUGAAGACGCGGGGAGUGAGACAAGUAUCUCCCACCGUCCCAGUGGACCAGGUCCCUGACCUCAUGAGAGCCCUCGGCUUCUACCCCUCCGAACAAGACAUUGACGACAUUCUGAACGAGAUAAAGUUCAGUGACUACAUCGAGACUGGAGCGUACGUUACGGAGAUAGACCUACCCACUUUUAUCAGACGUGAGUCAGAAUAAACCAACUACCUCCCCAUGAUACAAACCCAUGCAGUGUACAUCAACCAUCGUCCGGCGUUUGGCCUCUCUCCCCUCAACCUCAUUCAAGCAUUCCACGCCCUCACCACUAACGAGGAGGGGGAGGGGCCUGGGUCCUCUGUCGACAGAGCAACCCUACUCACCAUGCUACAAGAACAUGGAGAGCAUAUGACAGAAUCGGAGUUGGUGGAGGGACUGAUGACGCUGCUGGGUCACUGUCAAGACCCUGAGAGGGAUGGUGCGUUCGACCAAGACCCCGCCACUGCCGUACAACAGGGCCUGCCCGAGUCCGUCUCGGCCGCACACUUUGCCGAGAAGAUACUCCACCUGACUCUGCAGGCACCGCCUCAACAACAGUCUUAGUAGGUUGACAACUCACAAUGUCACCACAGGUGUACGUGUGACUUUGUAUACCCAUACUACUUCAUCACUAUACACACACAUGACCUUGUUUCGACAAUCUUUG